CAACAAAUAUCUCUUCACGCUUCAUUGCUAUCUCUCUCUCUCUCUCUCUCUCUCUCUCUCUUGCGCUCUCUUUGUUUUCCUUUGGCCAGUUUGUUGGGCGCCACACUUUGUUCUACCUCAUAUGCUAUUCCUUAAUCUAUCAAAAUCUUAAAGUGGUCUCUCUUGAUCUGGAUACACAGUAUUUCCUGUUCAGAUCAUAGAUUUUGCCACUUACAAAGUCUUCCGUUUUUUUUUCAGCUUCAUGGUAUAAAUCAACUGACUGAGAAAAAUCCCAUAUGGGUAUUGGUCUUUUCUGAGUUUUCUAUGAGUUCCUUAGCAGAUUCAGAGUAAUGGGUUUCGUGGUCAAGAUGCAUAUCGGCUUUAUUUCGUAUCAGAAAUAUUCUUCUGCAUGAGUUUUUCUUUUGUGGAGUUCUAAGAUUAUGGGUAGAGGUAGAGGAAAGGGAAAGAGGUUAACUGUCACCAAUCAUGAUGAUCCUGGAAGUGGUGAGGAAGAAAAAAUACCGACACAGAAAAGAAGGGGAAGGCCUCAGAAACCAUUGAAGGAUGAGAUGGAUGAAGAAGAAAAUGAAAAGAUAGAAGAGGAUGACAGUGAGAAUGCUAAAGCUGGUAUCUCAACGAAAGAGAUGAAAAGUCCCCCUGCCGCCGAAAAUGGAAAAAAGAGGAAGCGAUACUCUCAGGUAAAAGAGAAGUCAGAUUCAGUUAAUGAGGAAAAUGGUGUUGGUACACGAUCAAGUACUGAUGACUCAACUAAGUCUAAUGGAUUCCGACAUAAUGGAAGCAGGCGAAAAAGUAAGCCACGUCGAGCUGCUGAAGCUGGUGUUGAGUGCAAGUGAGAUUGCAAUUUCCUGGAAUGGCAUCUUCCAUUUCACAUUGCCAUAGGAAGUGAGGACUAGUAAAUCUCUAGUUCAAAUCUUUUUUUCUUUUGUCUUCUCUUUUGAAAUUUUUGUGUUUUUGUGUUUUGGGGGUUUAUUAUUCCUAUUAUCUUUUUGGUAAUUCCUUACCAUUGAUUCCUUUUUUUAUUUUAAUUGUGAAAUUCCGAAUUCAUUCUGCUGGCUGUAGUUUUCCAUAUCUUUAAUUCUGACUAGUUUUUUUUCGUAUUGUAUAAGUUGCAAGACAUAAUUAAGAGCACUUUGUUUCUCA